AUGGCUUCAAGCUCUUUUGCUGGAACGCAUAUCGCAGAUGAAAUCAAGAGAGAAAUACUUCAAAUUUGUUCAAGACUGGAAGCAAACUUCAUAAAAAAAACAAAAGCGAUGGUGGAGGAAGAGAAGUUAGAGCUUGAAAGUCAAGCAAUUGCAAGAAUACUGAAUAAGUUGACUCCAGAAAAUUUUGAUCUUUUUAAGGGUCAGUUGAACGAUUCUGGCAUUACAUCGGCUGAUAUAUUCAAGGGAGCUGUUUCACUGAUAUUUGAUAAGGCAGUAUUUGAACCAACAUUCUGCCCCAUGUAUGCGCAACUGUGUUCUGUUCUGAACGACAAGCUGCCUCCGUUCCCAUCUGAAGAACCUGAUGGCAAAGAAAUAACUUUUAAGAGAGUACUCUUGAAUAACUGCCAGGAAGCUUUUGAAGGCGCUGGUAAACUGAGGGAAGAAUUGGCGCAGAUGACUUCCCCUGAGCAAGAGUUGGAUCGACAUGUCAUGGAAAGAGUUGUCAAGAUUCGUACCCUUGGAAACAUCCGUUUAAUUGGUGAGUUGUGGAAGCAAAAUAUGGUUCCUGAAAAGAUUAUCCAUCACAUUGUUCAGGAGCUUUUGGGAGUUUCUGACAGCAAGGUCUGUCCAGCUGAGGAAAAUGUUGAAGCCAUAUGUCUUAUUUUCAACACUAUUGGCAAGCAGCUUGACGAAAGCCCAAAAUCACGACGUAUAAAUGAUAUGUAUUUUGGCCGAUUGAAGGAAUUGAGCACCAAUCCCCAACUUGUACCAAGGAUGAGAUUCAUGGUGCACGAUGUUAUAGAUUUGCGUGCUAGUAACCGGAUCCCUAGACCUGAAGAGCAAGAGUUCACCUCGAAACUUGAAAGCUUUGGCUCAAUUGAUAGGAAACGACUUAUAGAAGACGAUGAUGGAUGCAAUAGAUGUGAUGUGAUGAUAGAGUAUUUGAGAAAAUUUGGCCGAGAUUUUGGGAUGGAAUUUGGAAGAGAAUUUGGGUCAAAACUCUGUUCGAAGGAUAUGGAAGAUAUGAAGAACAUGUUAGAGAGCACAAGGAAGAAAUUGGCUUUUCUAGUUGUACUACUUAUUUGUUCUUGGGUUUACUUUGUCAUAGUUUUAACAGCCUGA